AGCCCAUCAAAUUUAUCGUCGGGCGAAUCUCUGGUGUUCUUAUCAUAAAGCGAAGUAACUCGGAAGUUGCUCCUUCAGAUCGUCUCUUCGCAGAUUCGCAGGCAGUGAGAUAUGGAUGGUGAGAGAAGAGUUCAUCCGGACUGUAUAAACGCCUCGAAUCCUUACCACGAGUGUGUGGAGUACUGCUUUAAGAAAAUAGCUGAAGCAAAGGCCAAACUAGAGAAGCUAGGAUUAGUUGAAGCUGUCAGUGGGCAGUCAAGGGAGUCACUUGCUGAUAAAAGAAUAGAGGAAGAGAGUUCCGAGGAAGAAGAAGAAGAUGAGGAGGAUAACCAAGAACCUGAAGUAGACGUGAAUCAACUUACAGGGAGGAAGAAGAAGUUGUUUGAGCUGAGACUUAAGAUGAAUGAAGCAAGAAAGUUCAAUCAAACAGAUGUCGGGUCUGAAAAGAAGAAGAUGGAAGCACCAACUGAGCCAAAAGGAAUCUCGAAACAGAAAUGGGUGGAGGCGAGGCAGAAAAAGAUUGGGAAGAUUCUCGAUGCUAAUGGUUUAGAUAUGUCAAAGGCUUACAUGCUCGAUACUCAAGAAGCAGCAGAAACCAAAUACAAAAAGUGGGAAAAGGAACCCACACCUUCCGGUUGGGAUGUCUUCAACCAGAAGACGUUAUACAACGCAUACAAGAAACGAACAAAGAACAUUCAGGUUGACAUAGAGGAGUACAACAGAAUGAGAGCAGCUGAUCCAGAGUUUUACCGCGAGGCCUCUAGCUUGCAAUACGGCAAGGCACCAAAAAUUUCAAAAGAUAAGAUAGAUAAGAUGGCAAAGGAGCUCCAUGACAGAGAGGAGAAACGACAGGAGUUUAGCAGGAGAAGAAAGUUCAGGGAAGAAAAGGAUAUCGAUUCAAUCAACGACAGAAACGAACAUUUCAACAAGAAGAUCGAGCGUGCGUUUGGGAAGUACACGCUGGAGAUCAAAAACAACUUGGAACGAGGAACUGCUUUACCUGACUAAGUUACUUGAGAUCACAUGUGUGAAACAAGGGAAUGUAUUAUCUGGUCGAAUUAUAUGCUUUUGUCUGCUUAUUGUCUUUAAUAACUUGUAGAACGCGCCAUCAAAUUCUCUCGUUAGAGGGAAAAACGGUAAGAAGGAUUUUGUUUUACUCUUUGCCAGUUCUCUUUUA